AUGGCACAGCCGAAUAGGCCCUCGGUUACCUGGGACCUGCGCCUGUCCACGGAUUUUGGGUCCGCCGCCCAGGCGACCGGCAGUUCCUGCGCCACCCUGGGCUCGAACUUCUUCCCGCGCGAUAGGCUCGGAAGGCAAGACAUCGCCGGAGGUCCGCCGCAGAUCUGCUUCCUGCGACCCAGGGCCGCGCAGGCGCCGGUGCUCUUCAGCUUAAUGAAUUACAGUGAAGCAAGAGUGAACAAACAUUUACCCAAGAGCCAAUUAUCCCGGGUGAUUAUUCGUGACAACCGCAACGCACAACGGCUCUCUGAGAUGGAGGUAAAGUAG